UGGAAGACUUCAGACAUGGUGGAGGAGAGGAUGGGGGACUGUUGGAGCUACACCAAGGAUCAGUUUGACAACUUGGAGAAGCAUACGCAGUGGGGGAUCGAAUUUGUGGAGAAGUACACCAAAUUCGUCAAGGAGAGGUCGGAGAUUGAAACCAGCUAUGCAAAACAAAUUAGGAAUUUAUCAAAGAAGUAUCAACCCAAGAAGAACUCACGAGAGGAGGAUGAGAGCAAGUUCACCUUCUGUCGAGCCUUCCUGACAUCACUUAAUGAGCUCAAUGACUACGCGGGUCAACACGAGGUCAUAGCGGAGAACCUGACGUCUCAAAUCAUCGCCGAGCUGUCACGCUACCUGCAGGAGCUCAAAGCAGAGAGAAAAACCUCCUUCCAUGAUGGGCGCAAGGCACAGCAGCACAUCGAGAGCUCGUGGAAACAGCUGGAAUCGUGUAAAAGAAGGUUUGAGAGGGACUGUAAAGAGGCGGACAGAGCACAGCAAUACUUUGAGAAGAUGGAUGCUGACAUUAACGUGACUAAGGCUGACGUGGAAAAGCGAAGUUCCCACAAGGCACGACAGCAAGCUCAGAUGAGGCACCAGAUGGCUUCUGACAGUAAGAGCGAUUACUCCGCCUACCUGCAGAAGUUCAAUCAGGAGCAGAAUGAACAUUACUUCACAGUUAUCCCCAACAUAUUCCAGAAACUUCAAGACAUGGAGGAGAAACGAAUUGACAGGGUAGCAGUGUGCAUGAAGACGUUUGCAGACGUGGACCGCCAAGUGCUGCCCAUCGUGGGGAAAUGUUUAGACGGCAUGACGAAAGCCGCCGAGUCCAUCGAGCCCAAGACUGACUCGCAGCAGGUGGUGGAGUCCUACAAGUCAGGGUUUGAGGCUCCGGGCGAUGUGGAGUUUGAGGACUACGGCCAGGCCAUGAAGAGGACGGUGUCCGAGACCAGCCUGUCCAAUUCCAAAGAGGUCAAGGAGAGGACCGGGGGCAAGAGCAAGGGCAAACUGUGGCCUUUCAUUAAGAACAAGAACAAGCUUAUGUCCCUGUUAACAUCCCCCCACCAGCCCCCACCUGCCCCCCCAGCCUCAUCCCCGCCCUCACCCUCUGCUGUUCCCAACGACCCCCAGUCUCCCAAGCAGCAAAAGGAGCCCCUCUCCCACCGCCUCAACGACUUCAUGAACUCCAAACCUAAAAUGCACUGCCUCCGGAGCCUGAGGCGAGGGCAGCAAUCCCCCCGCGCGCUCAUUUGUCACAAAGAGCUUAUGAAGAGGACUCUGGGGCGACCCACGUAUGCUUUCGAAGCCAGGAAAUAUGUUCUUUCUCUCAAGCUGAUCACACUCAAUUCCCACGUCCGGAAUCUCAUUGAGGGUUCUGGACCAGAGGACUUCAGCCACCUGCCGCCAGAACAGAGGAGGAAGAAGCUGCAGGGAAAGAUUGACGACCUGAAUAAGGACAUCCAGAAAGAGAUGGACCAGAGGGACGCGCUCACUAAGAUGAAAGACGUGUACGUGAAGAACCCUCAGAUGGGGGACCCGGCCAGCGUGGACCCCCGGCUGUCAGAAAUAGGCCAGAACAUCGAGAAGUUCCAGUACGAGGCGCAGAAGUUUGAGGGCUGGUUAGCGGAGGUGGAGGAAAGGAUGCCAUCUAAGAGCGAUUCGAACCGGAGGAGUGGGCUCUAUGAGACCCAGAACAACUCCACUCAACUCGUGAGCAACAACUGUGCGCAGGACAGAGAGAGGCCCUUGAGCAGCCCGGAUGGCAGCUACACAGAGGAGCAGAACUCAGAGACGCAGGUCAAAGCCACCGUCAACCCCCCCGUCAACCCCCCCGUCAACCCCACCGUCAACCCCACCGUCAACCCCACCGUCAACCCCGCCCUCCCCACCUCCUCCACGCCGGAGUUCGACGACGAGUUUGAUGACGACGAGACCCUGCCCACCAUCGGCACCUGCAAGGCCUUGUACCCGUUUGAAGGUCACAAUGAGGGCACCAUCGCCGUGGCAGAGGGCGAGCUGUUGUAUGUUAUAGAAGAGGACAAAGGGGACGGAUGGACACGAGUGCGCAGGAACGAGGACGAGGAGGGAUACGUCCCCACGUCCUACGUCGAGGUCUUUUUGGAAACAAAUGCCAAAGAUUCCUAAAAGUGUGAGGCUGGAUGAGGAAUGGCAGGGCAAGCAGUCUGGGAGAAACCACCAUGUUCCUCGCGCGCUCACAGAGUCAGAGAGAGAAAGUGAAAGACGACCUCAAUCUAAAAAGAGAGGGGCGCCCGAUUAGUAUGCAUCUCAAUUUCCCAAAAACCUUUACGAAACAAACCAUGCUUCCUCUGCGAAGAGAAGCCACGAUAAGAGAAGUCCAUCUAAAUUUUAGAGCUCAUAACCCUUUCCACUGUUAACAGCCAUGCAGCAGUCACAACCACAGUAUUCAAUCUGCCUUUUUCAGCUUGCUUUAAUGUAACUAACUCGCUUGCACCACACGCGGUCAUCAACGUGGCUGUUGGCUUCCUCACUCUGAACGCCCCCCCCCCCCCCCCCCCCCCCCCCCCCGGUUCUGACACCUCUCCUCUUCCUUACCUAACACUGUACACAUACAUACAUACACACACACACACACACACACACACACACACACACACACACACACACACACACACACACACACACACACACACACACACACACACACACACACACACACACACACACACACACACACAAGGGAGGUUGUGGUCAGAGACAGGACGGGGACCAGCUGGAGCCUUGUGGACAAAACACCUUCAUCCUGCGGUGUGUGUGUGUGUGAGCCAUGACCUCCUCACUCCUUCACUCAGGGGAGCGUCACCCCGACGCCAUCUACAUACAGGCAGUGGUGGAAAAAGUACUAAGAUCAUUUACUUAAGUAAAAGUACUAAUACCACAGUCUAAACAUACUCCAUUACCAGUAAAGGUCCUGAGUUAAAAAUGUCACUAACAUAAAAGUAUUAUCAGCUAAAUGUACUCAAGUAUAAGAAGUACUCAUUGUGGAGAAUGCCUGUUAUACAUUUGUUGUAUUAUUAUAGAAUAUUAUAUGUUUCUGUUUGAAUCAUUAGAAACAUAUGGAGCGCAUUUUGGAAAAUACUUAGUAAAUGAUUGGUAAAUAUAGAUCAUAUAAACAUGUAUUUAUUUUUUUAAAGUAACUACAAAUAAAUGUAGUGCAGUAAAAGUAAAACAUUUACAUCUGAAAUGUAGAAAGUAGCAGAAAAUGAAAAUAGUCAAAAGUAAAAGCACCCCAAAAUGAUACUCAGGUACAUUACUUGAGUAAAUGUACUCAGUUACAUUCCACCACUGCAUCUAGGGCUUAAAACACUCAUGUUCACCCUCUCACUAAAUCAUAUUUGCAGGUUUCAGAAGGAUCAUGUAUCUGUGUGUUCUCUCUUCUGUUGUGUGCUUGAACGCCUUAUUUUGAAGGCCUUGUGUCCCAUUUCCUCCACACCACGAUCACCCCCACACAUCCAGGAGAGGAAAGGAGACGGAAGGUCAUUCUCCAUUUUCCUCAUCCUCACUGUCCCUCUCUCUGAGCACACCCUCCCUCCCCCUGACGCGGCUCAGGCUAACCCCUUGCUGCUUCGAGCACCCUUGUUUUGCUGCAGCGGGGGGGCCUCUCAGCGUUGUGGUGUGCUGCAUGCUUGCCCUGUCUUCCUCCUCGCCCCUCUGCUGGCACCCUGGAGCAGGCGAUGGGGUGGGGGUAAGGUUAGCUUACGCCCCCCCGCCUCCAGCCUUUCUGUUCAGUUAACCCUCAUUGCCUGGUCGUACUGAAUUAACCUGAAUGCUACUGUUUAGGUUCGGUGCCUGUGGUUCUUUUUUUUUAUAAUACCUUGUUUUUUUUAGUUCAUAAAGCAUGUUUUCCUGUUUUUAACAACGAGUGAUCUCCUCCUCCCAGUGUUCACCAGUUUAAUCUCAGUAAAGGACGAUAGGGACCCGAAUAUGUUGUUUUCUGAAUGAUUUUAUGCAUAGGUAGGUCUGUAAGUACACAGUACAGUAUGUAUGUCAAAAUGUUAUUAUGGUAUGUUUUGAUCACACACGUUGUUGUUAGUUUACAGUUAAUCAGCCUUGUGGAAAUGUCUCCACUCGGUCCAGGCAACCCAAAAAUGAAGAUAUGAUUUACACCUGAUAUUAGGAUGAUCCACUUAAACUGUCUACUGUAUAUGGAAAUAUACUGUGAUCCUUUUCCUGUGAGUCUGUGACUGACCCAGAAUCUCCUGCUUUUUUUGGGCCUUAACUUUGGUUUUCUGAGAGAAAGGAUGAUGCUGAUAGCUGUGGUUUGCUGAAAGGAUUAAGAUGUGAUUAUCUCAAGAAGUUUGGGGGCAAAAUUAAGAGUUUUUAUAAUCAUACAGAGAAAGUAUUUCCACUGAUUCCCCGGCACAUAAUGUACGUGAUUUUAACAUUUUCUGGUUUAUAUAUUUGAUGAUGUUAAGUUGAGAUUCAGCUUUUCUUUUUUUGUUUUCUAAAGCUGGAAGUCUAUGUUGUAUUUUCUGCCUGAAUGGGACUGAAAUCCCUUAACUGCAAAUAUUAGUAACAAUGAAAUUGUUCUGUAUGAAGCCAUUCUUAAAUAUUGAUCUGAUUCAGCAUGUUACAACCACUUUUCAACCGGAGGAGUGACGGACAUAUUGACCAUUUGGAUUCUUACAUGGAAGAAAUGAUCAAAUCUCUGCUGAAGUUCAUGUUUUCUUUUCAACAUGUCAUGAUUUCAAAAACCUUAUUAUGUUUUUAACGAUAAAUCUGAAGAGGCACAGAUCAUUGUAGCUCAAUAGCAUCCAUCUCUGCCAGUGCUCUGCAAAGACACCACAAAACUUUGAGUCCCUGCCCCGGAAUAACCUGCCUGUACAGAGGAAACGGCACGUUGGAAUUAGAGAGAAUAUAUAUGAAUAUAUAAAUAAAGUUUAAAAAGGAAAACAUCUAUUUUAACUAUUGAGAGUCUUACCAUUACUUUAUCUGCUUUGCAAAGUAAGACUUCCUUUCCUUUCUAAGGUCUACCAAAUGGUGUGUUUUUGCACUUUUUCGUUUGUGUUCCAUUUGGUAGCCCAUGCUUGUGUUUUGGAGCACUGAAUACUUUGUAUUGUGUUUACCGUGCCAAUUAAAUAUGCCUGGAAAGUUAA